UAUGCUCCUAAAAUGUUGCCAAAAGAUCUCUCCCUUUCGUUCCUCAUAUUAUCAUUCAUGUUCUCCCUCUUAUCGGUUUCUACUGCAAACUCCAACGUCUAUGUUCAAUGUUCUCAACUCAACUUCACAUCAACCACACCUUACGAGUCGAACGUAAACUCACUGUUCACUUCCUUAGACUAUCUCCAAUGCAUAUUUAACACCCUUGUUCUUAGAAGUCCUUACAUGUCCUUACCAUUGGAGCAAUGAUGCCAUUUGAAUCCUUUAACAAUGAAAUUCUUAAUUAUGGAUGCAUGUUUGUAUUGGUUUUGGUGAUAAGGUGGACCCAUACUAAAAAAUAAAAACUUUUAUUUAAGGAUUGUGUGUAGUGAGUAGGUGAUGAGGUGGAAAUUUAGAAGAGUAAGAAUAUUUGUAGGGUUGGAGAUGAAAUGAAGGUUUUUAAGGAUUUGUAAGGAUAUGAUGUGGCAGAUGAUGUGGCAGCUAAGGAUGCUUAAGGACACCCGUAGCGUUGGAGAUAGUCUUACUCGACUCAGCCUCUAUCUACAACUUCAACAAAAUUGAAACCUCCCCACAAAGCAAUAGUGUGUAUGGCGUCUUCCAAUGUAGAGGCGAUCUAAGCUCCCCCAAUUGCAAAGAUUGUGUGGCCAGCUCUAUCAGUCAACUGAAGACAGCUUGUCCUAUGUCCAAAGGAGGUGAAAUACAAUUAGAAAGAUGUUUUGUGAAGUACGAUGAUACAUCAUUUUUUGGAGCCCAGGACAAAACGGAGGUUUAUAGGAGAUGUGGCCCUUCAAAUGGCUAUAACUCUGAUGUCUCGAACCGUAUAGAUAGUGCGUUGGCAAAUCUAGUUGGUGAGAACGAACAAUACUUUCGUGGGGGAGAUUUUGGAAGCGUACAAGGUGUGGCACAAUGCGUACAAGAUUUGAGUUUAAGCGAUUGUCAAGAUUGUUUAUCAGAGGCAAGUGGACGGUUGAGAUCAGAGUGUGAGUCAUCUACCUGGGGUGAUAUGUACCUUGGAAAAUGUUAUAUCCGAUAUGAUGCUGAACAGGGAAACUUGAAUACUCCAGAUGACAAUUCCAACUCUAAUUCCAAUAAAAGCAGUGACAAAAGAAGAAAGAAAAACAAAAGGUGGAGAAAUUUUGGUAUCAACGUUGCCUCCUUCUUUGGCGGGGCAUUGGCUUUUAGCUUGACUGUUGUUGCGGUUUGUGCUUGCAAUUGCUGUAAUACAACAAACAUCAUCCAACAAUACCAAUAUUUUAAGAGGGAAAAGAGAGUAGCCGAGACAGAAAGGGAUUUAGCCAGAAAUGAAGCAAAAGCAGCCAAAGAAAAGGCACAAAAGUUAGAGAAAGAAUUAGAACAAGUGAAAUCAAAGAAAUCUGUUCCUUAUUUACCGCCAAUGCCGCCUCCGCCGUCUUUCUUGUCAAUGCUCCCUCCAUGUCCGUACGUUCCACAUUAGAGCCCGACGACAUGUUAUUACUUGUAUAGCUAUAUAUGUGCCUCAAUAUGAAACUAUGAAAACAUAUGAAAGUCCCUAGCCGAAGAAAUACCCCUUUUUUACUUUGUACUUAUAAGUAAACUUUCCUAGGGGAAAAACUCGCAAUUUUGUGUUGUAUCUUUCUCAACCUUUUCU